UAUUUCAUCUAACACAAAAAAACACACACUGCAAACAUAGAAAAACAACAAUCACCAACAAAAAUAUUAGAGUUUAAUUUGUUGUAACAACAAAAAAAAUUAUGGUUUUGUCUUGGACAAGAGGGAGGGUGUUCCGGCGCGCUCGGAAGGGGAAGGAUCUCCAAGUCAACGAUUUAGAUGUCGAGAUUUCAGUCCCUUCCCACUUCCGGUGUCCGGUCACCCUCGACCUAAUGAAGGAUCCAGUAACAGUAUCCACGGGGAUUACCUACGACAGGGACAGUAUAGAGAAAUGGAUCGAGGAAGGGAACAACACGUGCCCGGUAACAAAAAGGGUCUUGACAACCUUUGACAUGAUCCCCAACCAUGCCCUUCGGAGGAUGAUCCAAGAUUGGUGCGUGGAGCACCGUUCUUUUGGAAUCGAGAGGAUCCCUACUCCGAGGAUCCCCGUUACACCGUACGAGGUUUCGGACACGUGUACGAAGAUCGUGAAUGCCGCGAAACAAGGCGAUGAAAACAAGUGCAGGGAGUUGGUGAGGAAGAUCAAGGGUUGGGAGAAGGAGAGUGAUAGGAACAAGAGGUGCAUAGUUGCAAAUGGUGCUCCUCUUGCUCUGGUCAACGCCUUUGACUUUUUCUCAUCAUGGGGUUUUGAGGAGAAUAAUAAUGUUAGUAGUUUGUUAGAGGAGAUCUUGGGUGUGUUGGCAUGGAUGAGGCCUAUUGGUGAGGAGGGUAAGUCCAUGUUGGGUUCAAAGAAUUCAAUGAGUUGCAUGGUUUGGUUCUUGUUGAAGGGUAAUAUAGACCUUUCCAUAAAGCAAAGUGUUGCCAUGUUGCUCAAGGAAGUUCCAAUUGAAGUGUUGGCAAAUACCCAAGGUGUUGUUGAAGGCUUGGUUAAGAUGAUUAAGGAGCCUAUUGGGAGUGCCUCAAUUACAAAGGCAUGUUUAUCAAUGAUUUUUAAAUUGGUAACAUAUUCCAAGGGUAAAGAUGUAAUUUCACAAAGAUUUGUGGAAUUGGGUUUGGUUGAAGUUUUAUUGGAGACAAUUGUUGAUUGUGAUAAAGGGGUGUGUGAGAAGGCCUUAGGAGUAUUGGAUUCAAUUUGUGGGACAAAAGAAGGGAAGGAAAUUGCCAAGGCUAAUGCUCUUACAAUUCCACUUGUGGUUAAGAAACUUCUGAGGGUUUCUGAAUUGAGUUCUAGCUUUGCGGUUUCAAUUGUUUGGAAGAUUUGUGAUAAGGCCCAAGAAGAAGAAGGGGUUUUUGUUGAGGCACUUCAAGUUGGGGUGUUCCAGAAGCUUCUUGUUUUGUUGCAAGUUGGGUGUGGUGAGAGCACAAAGGAGAAGGCCACUGAGUUGUUGAAGUUGUUGAAUGGUUAUAGAAGCAAGGUAGAUUGUGUUGAUACAUCUUUGGAAUUUCAGCACCUUAAGAAGCCAUUCUAAUUAAUUUUAUUGAUCAACAAAAGAUGAAAGAUUUGAUUUCCUUUUUUUUCUCUGUAUAGAAAUAGGAAUCACAUACUUUUGUACAAAAACAUAUAGUUACACAUACAAAAGAUACAAAUUGUAUCCCCUAACAUUCAAAAGGAAAUUUUGAAAUUCUUUAUUGACAA